AUUUGAAAGAUACUGAUUACAAAUUAUAAGGAGGAUGAAUAUAUCAUUCCCAAACAUGAAUGAACACUGUGCCAAUGAUAUAUAUUGCUAUAAGGUACCACGGACAGAUUCUGUCAGGACAUUAUUAUAUUGCCUUCUUUUUUUAAUUGAUAUUGUAAUAAUUGGUGGGAACCUUUUAGUCAUGGUUUCUAUUUCUCAUUUUAAACAGCUUCAUUCUCCAAACAAUUUUCUUGUCUUUUCACUGGCAACUGCAGAUCUUUUGGUGGGUGUUUGUGUUCUACCCUUCAGUGCUGUGAGGUCUGUUGAAACCUGUUGGUAUAUGGGGGCUGCAUUUUGUAAGCUUCACGCCAGUGUGGAUUUCAUGCUUUGUACAGUUUCAAUUUUACAUUUAGGAUUCAUUGCCAUUGACCGCUAUUAUGCAGUAUGUGAUCCACUCUGUUAUACAACAAAAAUCAACUUCCAAGUGGUGGGUAUCUUUGUAGCUGUUGGGUGGAUAAUAUCAUUUAUGUACAGUUUUGGUUUAAUUUAUGAUCGUGCUUACUGUAGAGGUUAUGAAGAUUUGGAAGCCCAGUUAUCUUGUAAUGGUGAAAAAUGCAUUUUCUUAUUUAAUGAAACAUGGGUUUUAGUUAAUGCAUGUGCAUUUUUCAUACCUUGCUUUGCAAUAAUGAUUAUAUAUGGAAAGAUUUUCAAAGAAGCAAGUAGACAAGCAAGAAUCAUACAGAACAUGGAAAAUAAAAAGCAUAAUGUAGAAGAAAGCAAAAAUAAAAUCUCAAAAAACAGAGAAAGAAAAGCUGCAAAAACAUUAGGUAUUGUAAUGGGAGUGUUUCUAUUUUGUUGGAUGCCCUACUUUUUUAUGUGCUUGUAUGAUGCUCAAGGAAAAUUUUCAACAGCUCAGCCAGUGAUGGAAUUUGCUGUCUGGUUAGGUUAUACAAAUUCUGCUUUUAAUCCAAUGAUAUAUGGUUUUUUCUAUCCCUGGUUUAGAAAAGCUCUGAAAAUUAUUCUAACACGUAGAAUAUUUAAUUCUAACUCUUCAACAUCCAGACUAUAUUCAGAAUGAUAAAAGAAUGUACUUGCUUCCAAGAAAAUAUGAUAGUUUUUAAACAUUCAAGGAUACUAAGAUGUUCUUAAAUAAAUAAUUAUACCUACAUUUGAAGGGGGCACGGUGGCACAGUGCUACAGCUGCUGUCUUGCAGUAGCGAGACCAGGGUUCACAUCCUUCCUGAGUGGAGUUUGCAAGUUCUAACCAUGUCUGUGAGGCAUUCCUCAGACAGUCCAAAGGCAUGCAGGUAUGUGGAGUGGCGAUAAUAAAUUGUCCCUAGUGUGUGGUUGGGGUGUGUUUGUGGUUUUCCCUGUAUCAGUUUGUUCCUGCCUUGCUGGUUGGGAUAGACUCCCGUGACCCUGUUCAGGACUAAGCGGGUUAAAAAAAUGACAUGA